GUGGGGGUAGUGGGGGCCUGCUCCUUGUCGUUGGGCGUAGUGAAAGGGAGGCUCCUCGUCGCCGUGCGUGGGCGUAGUGAGGGGGCCCGCCUUGUCGUCGUUGCGCGUCGGGCAGUUGGGCGGGGGCGCUCGUUGUGGUUGCGCCUGGUCGUAGUGGAGGGUUGGUCGUUUACCGACUUGUGCUCAUCCCGGGAUCCCGGCAGGGCAGCCAUGGAUUCCGCCGAUGCAAGCGAGGCCGAGGCGGGUGUGACUGGCUUGGGCUUGGACUCGGGGCCCGGAUAUGGUGACCCCCCCUCGGAGGGAAAAAGACCCUUGUACGGAACGACUCAGGAACACUGCGAGCAAAUGAUCGCUCGGUCGCUGGAAAAGAACCCGAUGGUGAAGUUCAUGCGCGAGGCGCUGGAAAAGUCCGGAUGCCCUACUGGGAAAAAGUUUUUUAAGGCGGAAGUUUGCAGUCAGGAAGCAGGUGGUGGCUUUAGGCCAGAGGACGGGGUCAGUGGUAAAAUAACAUACAAAUAAAAUAAAAUAAAAUAAGCGAAAAAUG